AUGAGGGCACGGUUCUUCUUUCAACAGCUUAUAUCAGGAGUCAGCUACUGUCAUGCAAAGCAAGUAUGCCAUCGAGAUUUGAAAUUGGAGAACACAUUACUUGAUGGGAGUCCUGCUCCUCGUUUGAAGAUUUGCGACUUCGGGUACUCCAAGUCCUCAGUGCUGCACUCACAACCGAAAUCAACCGUUGGAACUCCUGCGUAUAUAGCACCUGAAGUGUUACUCAAGAAAGAAUAUGAUGGAAAGAUUGCAGAUGUCUGGUCUUGUGGGGUGACCUUAUAUGUUAUGUUGGUUGGUGCGUAUCCAUUCGAAGACCCCGAGGAUCCUAAGAACUUCCACAAAAUAAUUCAUCGAAUUUUAAAUGUCCAGUACUCAAUCCCAGACUAUGUUCAUAUCACCCGAGUGCCGUCAUCUGAUCUCGAGGAUUUUUGUGGCUGACCCUGCAAAACAACAGAGGAUAUCCAUUCUGAAAUACGUAACCACGAGUGGUUUCUAAAGAACCUACCAGCAGAUCUCAUGGAUGAGAACACGAUGAACAACCAGUUCGAAGAAUCUGAUCAACCGAUGCAAAGUGUUGACGAGAUCAUGCAGAUCAUUUCCGAAGCCACUAUCCCCGCAGCCAAUACAAAUAGUCUCAAUCAGUAUUUGACCAGUAGUCUGGACAUCGAAGACGAUAUGGAGGACCUAGACAGUGAUCCUGAACUCGACAUCGAUAGUAGCGGAGAGAUAAUAUAUGCAAUGUGAUUAUAAUCGUGCACAUAGAAGGGUGAUCAUCCAACAUUCAUCGAAGUUUACCCUUUGAAACUUUCGGGAGAAUACACAGAAGAGACUAUCAUUUUAUUGCAAGUGUGGGACCAAAAAUACAGGUUUUUCUCCAAUGUCAACCCAGAAUCUAGCAUUUUAUCGGUACAGCCCUUUCGAAGUGAAGUACUUAUGUUCUCU